AUGAGAUGUUCGUUGAAGAAGGCAUGACUACGAAGUAGAUGUUCAGGCGCCGGAGAAGAUUGUAGAGUUUGUAGGUAGAAAAGCUGGAGACGCCACGGGUUAUAAAGGGCGACUUAUAUACCUCGACAUAGGGGAAAUCUGACGUCAUCAUGCAUAGCCGCCUCUCAUCGCUUUCCACUGGCGCAGUUAGGCAACCUCUCUCCGUUCGCUGCCUUUCCCACCGCUCCAACGCAGCACAAUCCUGGGCAUUCCAAGUCCUAAAACACAACCUCCCAAGGCGAGCUUGGUGCGUGAAAGUCUGAGGAGCAUCAAAGUAUGACGAACGGUAGGUGGGCCACAGGAUUUCCAAUGCGGCGACAGGGCUUCUGGCGAUUGCGACUUGUCGCGUCUAUCUGAGUAUCUCUCUAUCUUCCUUACAACCAUCAUGGCACCAAGCUCAUUCUCCCUGCGCAUUCAGCACGGUAUUACCGGAGGCUUCGCCCCUCCCAGGCCCUCUGCGGUUCACGAUCUCGCUCUCGAUCCAUCCUCGGAUCCAACCUCCAUCUUCCUCUCAUCCGCAAUACGCGAUGAUGGAACUCCGUCUCUUCAAUCCCACCCUCCGAAGCAUGUCAAGGUGUCUGCAGACACCGAUGCUCUGAUCGAUGAACUCCAAACCAUCCUUCGUCGUCUCCCUACCGAGAACCCACCUAGCGCAGACAUCUAUCGCCGUGACAUCGGAAUAUUCUGGCAGGGUGAUGGGUUUGAGUGGGUCAAUGCCGCCCCGCAGGGUUGUGGCGGGUUCGAUAGCAGCGUGAAUGUCACGGAUGAUGAUAGGAAGGCAUUCGGCAGGGCUGUAGACAUCGUCGAAGAACUGGUCAAGAAGGGUGUGGCGAAGGAAGCUUAGGAAGGCAGAGGUUUGAGUAAUCACUCAUCGAAGCUGAAGCAAGAAUUGAAGUCAAGAACUGGAUGGAAAUUGGACACCUACCAUGUAUUACUCGUUGCCCCUAUCUCGCCUUCUGUAGCAAGAACGCUUGCGCCAUUUAUCGCUGUUCUGGGUCGG